AGUCAAAAAACCCCACAAAGGCAGAGAAGAAGCAGCCAGAAACCGUGACGUAAACAGUGCAGUGAAAGGAAACUUUACUACAAAUCUCCUUUGGAAAUAUUUAAGAAAAAUGGAAAUGCCUCCAGCGUGGCUGAAAGUACAGAGUCAUUUUGAUUUCGGUGGAGUAACGUGGAUAAAACCAGCAUGGUUUCAUUAUUAUUAAAUGCGAACCACAAUUCAAUGCGGGAAUUUCCGAUGAUGGCCACCUGCAGCUCACACAUGAGGCGCUCUGCUCUCGUAAUCCUGCUGCUCAACAGCUUCUAUGUCUUCUCUCAAAUUUCACAUGAAAUUACCUAUGUCGUGGCCUGCUUUGUUGAUGGGAGAACUGAGACACAGUAUGAAUUUGAUGCUGAGGAGCUUAUGUAUGUGGAUUUCGAGAGACACGAAGUUGUAUACACGGUGCCCAGGUAUUUCAUAUUUAACCCAAGUGAAACAUUUCAGGAUUUGAAUGUAUAUAACAAUGCAAAAAAAGCCAGAAGAACAUGUCCAGCACUUCUGUCAUACUGGACGGUAGAGGAGAAAAAUCCACCUGAAGAUAAAGACCCCCCUGAGAGCAUGCUUUACCCUGCAGAUGAAGUCGAGCUGGGAGUUGAAAACAGUCUGAUCUGCUUUGUGAAUUACUUUUAUCCACCUUCCAUCAAUGUCAGCUGGACCAAAAACGGCCAUCCAGUGUCUGAGGGGGUGUCGCUCAGUCGGUAUUUUCCCAAUAAAGAUCAAACCUUCCACCAGUUCUCAACUCUGGUGUUCACCCCGAGCGAGGGCGACAUUUACAGCUGCACCGUGGUGCACUCGGCACUGGAGACACCCCAAACAAGAAUCUGGGAAACAGAAAUAAUGAAAAGCCAUGAAAGUCCUGGACUGGAUGUUUUCUGUGCAGUGGGCCUGACUCUGGGUCUGCUGGGAGUCGCAACGGGAACAUUUUUAAUUGUCAAAGGACUUGAAAACAAAAAAAUGUCUCAAUCUUAGAGAGAUUAUAUGCAUGAAAAUCACACAAAUAAACACAACAAAACUGGGGCACAAAGUCAUGGAUCACUCAAUAAAGAAUUCAACAUUUAGGUCAGUCUAAAGGUUAAAAAUGAACUGUAAUGAAACAGUAUGCACUAAUUGCAUCCAAUCUUUAUUGUGAGAAAUGUUUCAGAUUCACACAGGAAAUUCAAAAGGCCAUUUGACUUUUUGUUUCCUUAUUUAAAUUACUUUACUGCUGUUUGCUUGGGCUGUUGCAGCACUUUUAGCUAACAUGUAGUCAUUAUCUGCAGUAGUAGUAGCAGUGUAGUGGUUUGAACUUUCCCCUAACAGGCAGAAGAUCUCUGGUUUGAUCCUGGCAGGAGACACAAAUCCCUUGGGGGUUGUGUCAGGAAGGGCAGAAACGUUUGCCAAGUAAGAGAUAUGGAGCUACUGGCUAUGCUUGAGACACGAAAGCAGUGAGAAGUGGCUUGUUAUUAUGAAUUUUAAAUAAAAUGUGCUAAAACAGAGUCUCUAGGAGGCAGCAGUAAAAUGUAACAAGGUUUUCUCGAGUAGUGAAGACUGGAUUUAAAUUUUUUGCAUUAUAUGCACAAUAAAUAUAGUUUGCCAUACCUGGGCAAUGAAGCUCAUUUUUGUCUGUGACUAAACACCAACUGUAUUGUUUAUGUAACUUUGGUUGUUAUUUAAUCUUCUUUUCUGUACCAGCGAAAUAAAGAAAUCUUUGUUGAAAAAAA